GCACACGUGGGCGCGCCGGCGCCGAGCGCAGCCAUGGGCAAGAGCCGAGCGCGGCGGUUCCGCCGGCCGGCCCUCGGCCCCGCCGGCACCGGGCAGCACCAGCAAGGCGAGCCCGGCCCCGAGGAGGAGCCCGCGGCGGAGCUGCUGGACAAGCUGCAGCAUCCAAGUGCUGAAGUGAGAGAGUAUGCCUGUGCCAGUAUUUCCAAGCUGUUGCAGCAGAAGCACGUCAUCCCAGCCUUCCUGCAGAGGGACGUUGUGCGGUGUUUGGGGCCGUUGCUGAUGGAUCACAGCUUAGCUGUUCGGGAAACAGCUGCAGGUGCUCUCCGAAAUCUAAGCGCUUGUGGAGGAUUUGAAGUCUGUGAUGACAUGGUGACAAGUGACAUUAUGACACCCCUUGUUGCACUUCUGAAAGAGUGUAGCACUGAGCUAGAUGCUAACCAGCUCUCUCCAAAGAAAUGCAGAGAGACAAACAAAAAUUAUGUUGAAGACAUAGCCAAUGAAGCUAUUAAUUUGCUGUGGAAUAUAUGUGAAUGCAACAAUACUGCUGUGUACAUAUUCAAUAAAGAAGGGUGUCUGGAGGCUGUGUUACAUUACAUGAAGAAAUUCUCCACAAAUGUGGAUCUGGCUAUUUCAGUAGCAAACUGCUUGCAGGCAGUGACAGAAGAUAAUCCAGACCUCCUUUCUUCAUUUAAUGCUUCUGCACAACAAGUAUUGGAAACAGUGCUGUUGUGUCCAGAGAGCACAAUGAAGCAUGUCCUUCUGAGAACACUGAUAGCAGGCACUAUUUGGAAUAUCAAGGAUACCAUUCCACCAGGCAGCCUGGGAAGCAUGGUUAAUGCAAUCCUGAAGAUUUUCUCAGAAUCAUUAGCAAUAGACGCUGGUGAAACAAUUAUUCGUAUGAAUGAAGCUGAAAAAAACAGGUUAAAACUUGCUGUGGAAGCAGAAACAGAGGAAAACAUGAGCGAUGUGGUGGACAACUGUGUUUUGAGUGAAGAUGAUAACAUGGAAGAAAUACCAAAAGGAAAACUCAGGAGGGAAAAUGAUGUUUCAGAUUUACUUCCAUCUGAUAAGUGGGAACUGAAAGAAGUGACAGCUUUACUGAUGGCUCAGCAGACUGCUCUGGAAAUCAUUGUUAAUAUGUGCUGUAGUGAAGAUCCCUCUGAUGACGAGUGGGAAGAACUGUCCAGCAGUGACGAAAGUGACUUGUUCAUGGAAAACUCAUACAAUGAGGGAGGGGGGCUGCUGAUGACACCCCUGUGCCUCUCUGAUGAGGUUCACUCAGCGUUUCUGAACAACCUCAUUCCAAAGAAGAUUCUUGAAAAAACUGCUUUUCCGAACAGUGUUGCUCUAGACAUCUGUAUGCACAAUCCGUCUUGGAAACCAUUAAUUAAAAAACUGAAUGCAGUGCAGUGUAGAGCUUUAACAUGUCUUCAUAGCAUUUUGUUAGUGUCAGAUGUGGAUUGUCUUGGAGGAGCUGCAGCACUUCAGUCCCUUGCACAGCAUCUCUCACAGUUGAUCUUUUCUAAAACAGAACUCCCUGCAGACACUGAAUUCCUGGAAGCCGUAACCAGUGCUUUGAGGGCUCUCCUACAAACAAUGGCAUCAAAGAACAUCUCCCAGUGUAUGACUCCUGAGCAGCUGUUGGCUUUAUGUGAAGCUGGUAUCCACAGCAGCAAUGCCAGUGUUAGAGUGAACGUAGUGAGCAUCCUUGGAAUUUCUGGCAGCGUCUUGGCAAAAGGACAAGAUACAGCUGAAACACUAAAGAUGAUUGGAAAAUUUCUUCUUGAAGUUGCUAUGAAGGAAUCUUCUCUUGUGGUAGCAGGGGAAGCCUUGGAUGCACUUUUUGAUGUAUUUGCAGAUGGUAAAGAAGCAGAAAAGGCAGCGGUGCAGAUCAAGUUGCUUCCAACACUGAAGGAAUUUCAGCCAGUGUUCAGAACAAGGAUGCGAAAAGAAGGCAAAGGACAAUGUAGUACAGAUCAACUGUGUGUUCUUGACAAUGUGAGGAUGAAUUUGAGAAGAUUCAUUGCAUAUCAGGAGACACUAGGGAAAACUCCAACUUGAAACAUCGAGGAACUUUUAAGGUUUCCCUUAUUGAGUAAUGUUUUCAAAAAAUAUAACCAUUUUGAACUUCUAAAAUUUACUGAGCAGAGCAGUUUUGCUUUGAUGUUAAUACUACAUUUUGUAAUGUUCAGUAUUUUUAUACACUUGGGUUGAUGCAAUAUGAAAGUCACACCAGCACAAAAAACCCUGUAGCAUACUCUGAGAUUGUUGCAGUGAUAAGAAGGUGCUCCUGCAGCCCUGAUGUCUGUACACAGCACCACUGUCGUUCUUUAGAAAUCUUCAUGUACCCUGGCAGAAAACUAUAAUUGCGUGAAAAGGUAAUUUGGAGAAUAUUCUCAGUUAUGUGCCAGAUAAGGAAAAAAAAUUAAAAAGCUCAAGAUAUAUUUAAGGGAAUCGAGCAGUGGCAGAAUGUGCUUAUUUGCUGUUUGCUCUUACCUGCUCCUAGAAUUGCACAGGCAUUUAUGGCAAGCUUCCCAAGAGAAGUUUGUGACAAGUGUGUGGAUUCCUGUCAGUACUUGGUUCUGUUAUUUCAUGAGGAGAAAACUGUUUCAGAUUCAUUUAUGAUAGCUUUUUGCUGUGGAAAUCUGUGUAAGCAGGUCCUACACUUAGACACAGCUCCCUGUUUUUACUUUAUUUCGAUUGGUAUUUCUGAAUAUCAAGUCUCUUAAUUUACAUUCUUCCUUGUAAUUCUACAUCAGGAUGAAUGUGAAUUCAAGGAAGUAAUAAGACAAAUAAAAAGCAUUUUUUAUAUUGAGGUAUUACCUAAAGUAAAUUUAUAAUUGCUUAAAAUACCUUUUAAAAAUAUUUGUGAUGGAGAUUUUUAAGCUGUUAUUUUCAAAAAAUGUCACCAAUUCAUGAAGAUUGUAUGUAAACUUCCAUAUAUCAAGAACUUUGGUUUUAUUUCUUUGAAUGAAAUUCUAUCAUACAUAUUUUUCAAGAAAAAAAAAACAAAACACAACCAAACACAAAAGCAUUUUGUUGUGCUGGGUUUUGAAAUAGGAGGGUUUUUUCCCUCUCUCUUAAUGCACUGUCUUAGCUCAGGCAUCUAGUUUUUGGCAAAAGUUUGCCCAUGGUGUUAAGCAUGGAACUUAUAAAGACCAAAUUUGCUCAGUUUGUUAGAUUUCAGUCUCUAAGAUUGGAAAGCAGACUUGGGAACUGACUGGAUAACUUUCAAAUGACUGACUUUAUGAAAUCCUGGCAUAUGGUAUUUUGUCAAAUGCAAGAGAAAGUAAAAGAUGAGUUUAAGCAGCUCUGCUGCCUGGAAGUCCUGUCACUGCUGUGACUUUGCAGGAGUCGGAUGAAAUGUGUGAUGUGAUGCCUGCUAAUCAAAUGAGAGUGUGGGACUGGGAGGGCUCCAGGGUCACUGAGCAUGGCCUGGAGAAAUCCAGAAGUCAUGAGGAGCAUGGUCGAGAGGUUAUCCAGGGAUUUGGCAGGGCAGGCAGUGAAAAGGGCCAAAGUGUAACACCUGAGGAAAAGUGGAUUAUGGCAUAAGACUGCACAGUAUGUGGAUUUUAAUCCUUGUGUUAGUUAUACUUGCUGUACACUGAGGAUAGUAUAAUAUUAGCCUGAUGAAAGGUAUUAAUAUUUGUUUAACCCCUAAAAGACUUUCUUGUGGGAUGUUCUGCUCUCAGUUUCUGGAUGCUACAUUGAAUUGAAGGAUUAUCUAGAUUGAAAAGGAUCUCUGGAGGUCUCUUAGUGUAGUUUCUGGAGUCAGACAGGUUGUGCUACGCCUUGAACAUCUUCCAGGAUAGAAACCCCACAACUAUGGCAGCCUUUUCCAGGGCUUGAUUGCCCUCACUUGAAAUUCUUUUUUUUCCUUUUCCCCUUUGUGCCUUGUAGGACUUCCCCCUGCUGCAAAAUGCACCUCUUGUCCUUUGCACACCACCUUGAAGAGUCUGGCUUCAUCUCAUAACCCCCACUUGUUAGCUGAAAACAACAAUUGAAUUCCCCUCUUCUCCAGGCCAAAUACACCCAGCUCCCUUAGCCCUUCCUUGUACUAGCUGGAGUUCUGACCCUCUAACCAUCUUAAUGGCCUUCUGCUUGACCUGCUCUACUGUGCCUUGUACUGAGGGGGGCCCAAGACUGAACACACUUCCUCAAAUGUGAUCUCAUAAGUGCCGUGAUGUUGUAAGAUCUUUGCCAAGGUCUAUGCCCUCACCAGUGGCUCAUGGCAAAACGGAGCCUCCAUCGUCCUUUGGGGUUUCUAAGAUACUGUAGUUAUCUAAUAAAAUUAAGCCAACUGCGUAUUUUGUUUUUCUCUGUCCGUAUUUUUAUUUCUCUGAAUGGGAAAAAUCUUACUCUAUCAUCUGCCCAGCUGCCAGUUCAGUGUCUGAGUGAGAGGCAAAAAAUUUGUAUGUUAGUUUAGAGAGCACAUUGUGCUUGUAAGGGACAAGAUGGAAAUAAUAGAAAGACAUGGAUAACUUCUGAAGAGUUGCAUCUGUGGAAGACAAGCAAGUUAUCAGUGAUUUAAAGAAGUGUCAGAUCAUGGCCUAAAGCCAGAUGAGAUAUAUAGGUACAGAAGAGCUAAACUGUAAGAUUAGGGCUGUGAAAGUUGUUCUGAUGCAAUUAAGGCAGCAGCAGAAGUGAUGAUGUGCAAAUUAAAUAUUUUGGGCGCUCUUUUGACACUGGUUUAUUUUAAUAGGUUUAGGGUAGGCCUCAGAUGAAGGCAAGAUCCUUGACAGCCUCCAAAGGGAAAGACAGAUCUUGAAGAUACUUAAAGGGUGGCAGAAAUUGGACUGAUCUAGGCAGUGUGCAGCAUAAGUAAAUAGAUGCUAAAUAGAUGUAAGUGAUCUUCAUCAGUUCAUGUAAUCACACAGAUAAGACUGGUAUCAAAACAGGUAUCUGAAUUUGUUUGCUUAUUCUGAUCCCUAAGGCAUCAUCUGUCUGUACUUCAGUUAAAAACUGCAACCCUUGGAAAGCAUGGAUUGCUGGUUUAUUUGUCUCCCUGUCUGACACUGAGCACAACAGAAUCUGAGUCUUGAGAUGAUACCAAAAUAGGUGCUGAAUUUACAUCGGUCUGUGGUAUCAAGUAGAGUGUGAAGGGGGCUGUGGGCCCCCUGCCCUGUUCAGAAGCAGUGGGACCCUGGCAUUUGCUGCUGCUUUGGUUUCUGCAGCCUGCAAAAUGUUGAAUCCCCAGCUGUGUAGAGAAGGAGUUAUCAUUGCUGUGUGGUUUUAGUUUUGCUCUCUACGAAAAGAAACAAGUGGCAAGAUUUAAAUGAGCAUUUGUUUUGAAGUACUUUUUUUAUACAUCAUGCCUUGACAUUCAGAAGAUGGCUGUAUAGCACAGUAGAGUCAAUAGCUGAACUAUUUGGGGGUUAUGGUGUGUGUUGAAGGUAUUGUUUUGCAUAGCAUGUGGUUUUUUUAAGGAUUGUCAUCUUAGAGGAACAAGAAUAACUUCAACCAGUACUACUUGGCUUGGUUUUAUGUUUGUAUUUUAAGAGAAAAAUACAUAAAAAAUGAGAGCACAAUAAAAUUACAGAAGAAGAACUGUGUUGGAAAUCAAGUUAAUUUAAAAUUUGUUUGUAGUUUAAAUGUUAUAAAUGAAAUGCAUAUCUUGUGGAAUAUUAACAUAAAAAAACCCCGACCAAAAAUGCCUAUAAACUCAAGUUGUUUUCUUAGUAAGUGAUUUUCAGUAGAAGCAUUUCCAGAGGACUGGAUAGAAACAUCUAGCCUUACAUUUACUGUCGCAAAUUCCAAUUCAGGCAAUGGCAAUGGUAAUUAAAAAUAAGGUAAUUGUUUCUUUUUGGCACAGGUGACUUGAGCAAACAGUCUAAAUAUAGUUUGAGCUGGACAUGCUGUUAAGAUAUAUAACAGUAAGGUAUUUGGCAAAAACUGAAAACUCUUGACAGUCAGGUCAGAUUAAGGAACUUGAAGUUUUUCCACCAGGGCUGACAAUAAUGGUGAGCCUUUCUGUUUGAAGAAGCUUUUACUUGACUGCUGGGGUUUUUUUGGUCUAAUUUCCAAAUAAAUUCACACUGUUAAUUUUGGUACCUUCUGGGGAAAAUAGGAGGUGUUAAAGUCAAUUCACUUCAAUUUGAUUUUGGUUCUGUGUUAUUUUUGCAAGUUUCUUGUUUCUGUGAGAGGCAUUUUAUCAUACAUACCAACAUAGUUCAGUGACCACAUAAAACAUAGUUUGAGACUUGCACACAAAAGGAUAUGGUAAGAUGCCUUUUUUUCCCCUCAGAUCUGGGUUUCAGGAACUUGCAUUACUGCUACAUUAUGGGCUUAAAUGAAACAGCUUGGGAAGUGAACUAAGGUCCUACUGUAACAAUCCAUAUGCAGUUGGAAUGAUCGUGGCUGCUACAUGUUCUCAACACAGGCAGAGUCCUGAUGCAGCCCUGGGGUUGUGAGGUGCUCACAUAAAUCAUGUACCAGCGCUUCAAGAUGCACUGGGAUUUCAGUAAACCUUCUCCAGUUUUGUGUUCCUGUUAUGAUAGAAGUCCUAUCAAGGAUUGUUUUCUCUCUCCUCUGACAUAUGAAUUUUUUUAGAACUUUUAAGGAAUAUUGCAUUGGCCUCUUUCCUCCUCCCCUCCCCUUCAAAUGGAGAGUGAAAAGCACUUCCAGAAUUUAACGGAAGAACAGCUGAUUCAGCCAGUAAAUGCAUGAUGUUUCUGAAUAACCUUUUCUGGCAAGUUCUCUUUUUAGUGAGUAAAAGAGUUAAAUUCAGUGUUGAUUAAACAAAACACUCCAAACCAUAAUUAAGUGUGGGUUUUGUUUGUUUUUUAUGCCCCCCUACUCAGGUAUACUUCCUUAUCUAAAGCAUUUGUGGUACCUGUGUCAUGUCCUGGCUAUAUUUGCUUGGGACUAGGGUUGCUACGGAGGAAUCCUGUAAAUUAAUAAACUUCAGUCUUAUAAUAAAACUUGUUUCUAUUUAUGUGCUAUGAGUGUAGACCAAAUCAUGGGGUUUUGCAGAAUUAACUUUAUUAAAAAAGUAAAGAAAACUAACCAGUUUUUUCUUCUGUUACUGUUAUCUCCUUAAGGAUACCAAAAGCCUUUAUUUGACUUAUGCUUUUCUCCGUUGCAUUAAAAGUUUAUGAAUUCAAACCUUUUUAUUUGCAUCUUUGAUGUGCAGGAAACAUCAGGAUCGACCUUUGUCUUUUCCUGCUAUGCUUAUAAUUUUCAGAAUAACUGAAGAAUACAGAGUUUGGAAAAUAGGGUUAUUCAAUAGUGGGCUUUCCCCAUUUCCAAGGUGUGUUAAAGUCCUACCAGCUUCCACUUGGCUUUUGGUAGUAGGUUUAGGUAAAAAUCCUAAUUUUCAAAGCAAUUAAGUCUGUCAACUCAAACCUCAAAUUUCAACCACAGCUUGCUGUGGUUGGUUUUCUCUUGGGCAAUGCAGAUCAGACAUGCCGUGACAGAAUAGAGGAGAGCUGAGGACAAAAAUGUCCUGCUCUGGGAUGGUGGGGAGAAGCCAAAACUUCAGUCUUUGGUUGUCACCAGGAAAUGGUGCUAAGUCUUCUUCUUUGCAAACUUCGUGGGAUGCUCGGAAUUGGAAUGUGACUUUUUAAUUCCAAAACCUCCACCUCCAGCUUCCUAAAGAGAAAUCCUCUCCCAUGCAAUUCUGAAACUGGGGGAAGAAGCACCAGGCCCUCCAUGCAUGGAAACUUUGUAGCCGAUAUUAAAGAUGUUUUAAGGCUGUAGUACGAAAACACUAAAAAUAAAACUGAAAUUGACAAGAA